AUGCCAAAACAGAGACCUCCCAUUUCAAGCAGAUUACGUAGUCGAGACAAAUCUACGUCAAGGACAAACACUGAUUCAGUUACUAAAAGAGAAGAACAGCGUGAAGUAAAGACUGUAAGCGAAAGUUCAUUUUCACCAAGACACGAUAUCAAUAUAUAUCUGGAUGAAUUACAUAAUCCACUCUCAUUCGUCAGAGGUACAAGCAGGGAGAAGGAUUUACAAGCUGAACCAGAUAGCAUCGUUCAUACCUUUGGUCACUCUGGAGUACGACUAUCUACUUUUUAUAAAGCUAACGUGGCACCGCCUAUUCAAUCCAAAAGGAUGGAUCAUUUACACUUAAAAGCUGAAACACCACAAGUGAGGCCAUUGCCAGCGUCUUUCAUUAUCAGUAAACGCCAAAAAACAUACAAGAAAAAGACAGAAAAAAGGUAUCGCUCACCUUCGUCAUCGCCUAUUCUACCUGCAUCGUCAUCCUCAGCGACACCAUCCCCUAUUAAUCUCAACACGCCUUCGUCUGCAUCUGUAUCACCACAACCACCACAAACUUUAUCUGAAGAGACAAAACCACCAGUGCCUGUCGAAUCAUCCUCAAAACCAGAAAGAAAGAGACCCAAAUAUUCAAGAAGAAAGCGAGAGCUCAAGUUGCUUCAGCUAGAUAGCAAGAUAGUCUUACCUCCACCUGAUACGCCCAGAGCAAGCAAGCUCCGCAGUAAUACACCUGUGACUCGCGAACGAACAGGAAAAGCGACGACCGUAAAACAAGAACCAAACGAAAGAAGAACAACUAUUUCUAAGCCAAAACGGCCGCGUGUGGAUAAUACGGAAGACAAGGGGAAAUUAAAAAAGAAGGCAGCCAAGUCUCUGCGGGGAUUAAAAAGCGUCAAGGAACCAAAAAGUGUGAAGAGACCAAAAAACGUCAAGGGAUCAACGCUUACUCCUUCUUCAAGUACUUCAAGUACAUCCAGUACGUACGAUGAGGAUUCAAGCGAUGAUAGUUAUUCCAGUGACUCUGGUAGUUCCAGUACAGCAAGUUUCACUACCGAUGAAAGCGAUUCUAGUGUCGAGAGCUAUUCAAGUUAUACCUCUUCCAGUUCAGAUGAAGAAGACUUUGACAAAGAACCAUCUCCUACUUUCAAAAAAAAAGAACCAUAUUCUUCAAAGGAAUCUUAUACGCGCACAAAGACGAGUACCAACAAGACGAACACUCAUGCAAAGGCACUCAACAACUCCAAAAGAGCGUCACAGAAUAGUGAUAGCGAUGCACCCCAAUUAGAAAAAGAUAUGUCACACAGAUCUCUUUUUUCAUCCACAAGAAAACUACCGUCUAUAAAGCGACUUAAGAUCGCUUCUAAAAGAACGCCUAUCAAGAAAGUCACUUUCUCAUGCCCAGUUGUUGCCGACUAUCUUCCCAAGAGAAGAAAGACAAUUCAAUCGCCAGCAGUCUAUAAACCAAGCCAUAUACCCCUCCCAUUAAGCGCCACGAUACCCUCAGAUACCGUGAUGGACGCAAAAGAGAAAGAAGAAGAGUAUGAGAGAAGACAGUUCCGUUUAUUUGUACAUAGUAGAUAUAUAAGCGACGAAGAAGCUGCUCUGGUUGCCAUGACUGUGUAUAGUGAUAAAUCAAUUGGGACAGCUGAUCGACUUGUUGUGUUGCUUCAGAAUAAUUUUAGCAGAUUCAGAAGAAAAUUGAAGAGAAUAUUUGAUGAUCUUUCAAGAGUGAUCAGUAUUAGCAAGAAAGAGAUGAUAAAGGAUGAAAGAAGGAUGAAAGCACAGAUAUCUAAUCAGAUGACAGAUGAAGUGCUGAGAUCUAUUUGGGAAUAUUGGAUUGAUGAACCAUACAUUAACGCUGGUGAAUUUUUCGAAAGCAUGGCAUGCGCUAGUUUAUUGAAAGAAGUGACGGUUCAAUCGGUGAUAUGCCAUUAUAAAGAAAAAUAUCGCAUAUGUACUACAGAGGAAGCUUUUGAAGAAAUGAAGAGAUUGGAUAGAAUUACUCGAGCAUUACAACUUCCUGAAUAUGUAGAAAACUCAUCUAAUAAUAAUGACGCAUAA